GUGUUGGAUUGUUGGUAUGGACGCUGAUUGCUGGAACAGAAUAUUUCCUAUAUCCUGUCUUCGGCUGGGUAAUGUUUGUAGCUGUGUUUUACUGGGUCCUUACGCUGUUCUUCCUAAUCAUCUACAUGACAAUGACGUACACUCGGAUUCCCCAAGUGCCAUGGACCACUGUAGGCCUGUGUUUUAACGGGAGUGCCUUUCUUUUGUACUUCAUUGCUGCCAUUGUAGACGCAUGUGCCGUCACCAAGGAAUUGGACAGCCACAACUACAACAGCUGGGCGGCUUCUUCAUUCUUUGCAUUCGUUGUAACUUCCUGCUACGGUGGAAAUGCCUACUUUAGUUUUGUAUCUUGGAGAUCGCGGAACUUGCAAUAAAUGUCCUCUUUAAGUUAAGAAAAAACACA